AUUUUUUUAAUAGAGCAAGACACAACAAGUGAGCCAAGACAUAUUUUCACAUUUGAUGAAAAACGUAAAGGGUGGGCUACAACAGUGACAAUGAGACAUACGAUGCAAACAAACGAGCAGACAAACAAACAAAAAGAACAACUGAUAGUAAAUAAAAUUAGGAUAAAUAACUAAAUAAAUAUGAUGGCUAUGUGUGACAAUAUUUAGUUCAGGGCGGACUAUUGUGUAGAGUUCUGAAGUUUCUGUGUGUGUAGGUGCACCUUCAACCUAACACAGGACAUGGGUCACUUUUUUGGUGAAUACCAACUCCUCUGAGGUUUGUAAAUUUUAGUUACCUGAGAAAACAAUACAACAUUCAGUGCUGGCUCCUCAAAACUUGUGAAUCAAUAUUUUUGGAUAAACUGCUUGCAUUUACAAAGAUCAGCAUUACAAUAUUAUCUUAAAAAUGCAAGAAACUGACCUUAAAACCACACUUCUAGAGGGCUAAAAGGUUUCUGCAAACUGCACAUUUCUCAGAUGAUAAUUCAUCUACACUGUUUUUUUUUCAACAGAUGCUGAUUUUAGGGUGUGUCUCUCUACUGCAGUUAAACUGGUUAAACUGCUGUGUCAAAAUCAACUUUUGCAUGACAGAGAACCCGUGAAGCUCUUAUGUCUACAAAUUGAUUCGUUUAGUGUUUUGUUUCGGUACAUUAAUGCAGGUUUGUGUUGAAUCACCAUCUCGGCAUAGUGAUUUGAUUUAUUUUGUUUGUUAUUUUCCUGACGUUUCUUCUAACCGUUUCAUUUGAAUAGAUAUGCUGUUGAAUGGAUUGGUUUGUUUACACGUUGGAAUUUAGAAUUCAGUCAUUAAAGUGAAUGAUAUUCCUGAGAACACCUAAAAUAAUAAUGUACUCUUUUGGAUUUGGGAUUUUCUGUCUCGAGUAGCAACAUCAAACACACAGCGGCCUUGUCAGGCUCAAACAAAGGGAGUGCCGGUUAGACACACCUGUCUAUAAAAGGCAUAUUAUUUUGGUAACAGAGAGUCCUGCCUCCCAAUGGGCAGUGCCCUACCUGAGGGGCCAACACCACCUUACUUAUUUUGGUUACUUGGUUCAGCAUGUGAUCUGGUCAUGUGAUUGCGGUGGAGGGUGUUUAACAGGAAACAGAAAUAAAGAUUUGUUUUUUUUGUGCUGAGAGCAGCUGAGAUUCUCCAGUGAUGCCGAUCUCCUGCGCAGGCAUGAGGCACUCUGUUGUUAUAAUCCUGAUACUCACCACCCGCUGCACCUUUUCACAAGCUGCCCAUGAAUAUAUCACUGUUGUGGGCUGCUUCGACAAUGGACCUACUGAGGUGACGGCUGUAUUUAAUGCUGAAGAGUUGAUGUAUGCAGAUUUUGAAAGACAGGUCAUUGAAUACACUGUGCCCCCAUUUCUCAUGUUGGACCCUGGAGAAGUGUUGAAGGACAUAGCUGUAUAUAAAAAUGCUGAGAAAAACAAGAAUCUGUGUUUAGCAAUUAUGGCAUACUGCAGAGCAGAGGAGAAAAAUCCACCAGAAGAGAAAGACCCCCCUGAGAGUAUCAUCUACCCUGCAGAAGAAGUUCAGCGCGGAGUUGAAAACCUGCUCAUAUGCUUUGUGAAUCAUUUCUACCCACCUUACAUCGAAGUCAGCUGGACUAAAAAUGGUCACCCGGUGUCAGAGGGGGUGUCACUCAGUCGAUAUUAUUCCAAUGACGAUCUGACCUUCCGCCAGUUCUCCACCAUGACGUUCACACCAAGGGAGGGGGACAUUUACAGUUGCACUGUGGAGCACUCAGCCCUGGAGACGCCUACAACAAGAAUCUGGGUCAUCACAGUCAUGGACCAGAUGUUUUCUGUGGAGUUGGUCUGGCGUUUGGCUUAAUCGGGGUGGCAGCUGGUACAUUUUUGUUUGUCAAAGGACACCAUAGGACCUAAUUUCUCUUUCUCAAGUGAAUAUUUCAAUUAUUAAACUUUUAACACUAAUA